UUUUUUCAUUUUCCUUCUUUUGGGUCCAACUCAACGACAGCCCAACAAUACCUGAGUGGGUCCAAUUAACUCAGUGCUUUGUAGUAACAAAUAAACCUAUUCCGAACACAUCAUUGAUUUGUAUUUUGUUGAGCCAGAGACUGACCAAGAGGAUGGGAUAUUCCAAGGACCAGCUGCUUGCUCGUUUAAAGGAGCUUCAAAUAGAUUUUUCCCAGUAUGAACAUCCAGUUGUUUUGAACGUUGAAGCUCAGGCAAAAUAUGUUGGGAAUAUGGGAGGUGCACUGAGCAAAAAUCUGUUCUUGAAGGACAAAAAACAUAGGUACUAUAUUGUCUCUGCCCUUGCUGAUACGAAAGUAGAUAUGAAAGUUUUAUCUCAGAGGCUUGGUUUAGGAAAAGGUGGUCUAAGAAUGGCUCCAGAAGAGGCAUUAGGUGAGAUACUUCAGGUGCCACUUGGAUGUGUUACUCCAUUUGCUGUAGUAAAUGAAUCUGCAAGUCAUGUCUCACUAUUGUUGGAUAAAGGACUCAAAACUCAAGAGUGUUGCUUCUUUCACCCGCUCUCCAAUGACAUGUCAAUCUCUGUUAAUGUCCAAGGUCUUGACAAGUUUCUUAAAUCAAUUGGGAGAGACCCAUCUUACAUCGAUCUGGAGGCUAACCCUCUUGUAGGGAAAGAUCAACCUCCCGAUCUAGCUGUUUUGGUUCCAUCGGGUUCCACAGUUCUGCCAGAUUUUCCUGAAAAAGCACCUUCUUUGCAAGAUUCUACUGGAAAUGUUAGUGCGGGUAACAAUUCUGCAUCAGGUACAGGUAUUCUAUCUAAAAGAAUUGUCAUUUACCACUCAAUUCUCCACUCAAAAGCUGUUAAACCAUCUGUUAAUGUACAAAAUGUUAAGAAGAAAUCAGUUGAUGGUCAGCGGCCAUCAAUUCCUUCAGCAGAUGCUGGGAAAUUUGUGGAAGAGCUUCUGGAUAGAGCAUCUGCCUUACUGCUUUCAGAAAUUUCUGAGGAUUCCAUCAAGCAACAUGGUGGGCUGCUUGGAGCUGAAGUAGCAAACAAUUUUAGAAAAUGUCUUACAGAAGAUCUAAAGAACCUUGCUACAAUAUUCAAGAACACAGCAUAUACAGAAGGGUUUUAUGCUGGUACUCACUAUCAAACCAAGCGACCUUGAACUUGUUUGUGAUGGUUUAACUCCCUCGGACCAUUUUGCCAUUUUGCUUACCAGAAAAAAAGUUUCGAAGCCAAAAACAAAAAUCAAAUGGAGAAAUCCAGUUCUCAAUUUUCCUCGUGACACUUUCAUUUAAUAGAAACUAUGUAUACCCUGGUUUUAGAAUCGGAUAAAACUGCCUGCUUGUACUAUUCAUGUCAAUUGAGUACAUUAUUUAACAGACGUAGCUUUCGAAUGGCAAGUGAUUGUGUGGAGUGAAGGUGCAUUCAGACAGACAUUUAUUUCAGCUGUUUCUGAGACAUU